CCGCGGGAACUGUCUCUGCGUCUCUGCGUGUCUCUCUGUCUCAGUAUUGUUCGCUGCAGAGCUGCUGCACUGUGUCCUUCUGCUUGUGUUGGUCGAGUAUUUAAAGAAAACAUGCCAGCCACCCGCUCCAAGAAACUGGCGGCCCAGCCUCCAUCCACCAGGAUGAGCUUGAGGAGCUUCCGCAGCGUCCCUCUGGUUCCCAUGGAGACGUCCUCUUCUUCCUCUGACGACAGUUGUGAUAGCUUCGGCUCCGACGGAGGCUUUGCAAACACGAGGAUGAUUUUAAGACCGACGAGGAGGACGUCAGAGAAACCGAAGGCGUUCAAGGCUUCGUCGGAGGAGGACACGUGCAGCGGGUUUGAGGAGAGUGGGAUUAACAGCCAGAUGAAGGCCAUGAAAGUAGACGCUGAACCUCCGAGACGUGGCCGCAGGCCCAACGUCCUGAAGGUCGCCAUGACCUUCCCCACCAAGAAAACCUGCAAGAGGCCGGCGUCCCAACUCCCCCAAAUUACAGUUCAGGAGUCCGACUCUGAGGAAGAAGAGAACUUCAUCGACAAGAGAGCCCUGAAUAUUAAGGAGAACAAAGAAAUGCUGGCAAAGCUCAUGGCCGAGCUGAACAAAGUGCCCGGACUUUUCCCCGGACGGAGGUCAGCGUCUGCGUCCACCACGCCCCGCCGGUCCACGGGAGGCCGUUGGACAAACGGCGAGCGCCCGUCCCGCCCACACACCCGGUCCCGCACGCAGGUGGACGGACCCCCCAGCCCGACGCCAGAAGAAGACCCCGAGGACGUCUUCAGUCUGGUUCGCCGAAGUCGCUACUUCGAGGAAGCCGACGAGCCGGCCCGCCGGCGCUGCUACAGCGGCGUGAAGGCCAUCGCCCACGUGGUGAGGCCUGUGGACGACAUCACGGAGGCGGAGCGGCAAAGCAUGGGCAACAACGUGCGGGAGAAGGUCUACAACAGAUCCAUCGGAUCCACUUGCCACCAGUGCCGCCAGAAAACGACCGACACCAAAACCAACUGCCGUAACCCGGAGUGCGUGGGGGUCAGGGGUCAGUUCUGCGGCCCCUGUCUUCGUAACCGCUACGGGGAGGAGGUCCGCGACGCGCUGCUGGAUCCGGAGUGGCUGUGUCCGCCGUGCAGAGGGAUCUGCAACUGCAGCUUCUGUCGGGCCCGAGACGGCCGCUGCGCCACGGGAGUGCUGGUGUACCUGGCGAAGUACCAUGGAUUCGAUAACGUGCACGCCUACCUGAAAAGCUUGAAAAAGGAGCUGGAAGAGAGAGGCGAGUGAAACGGGGGAGGAGCUGAUCCUGGACCUGACUGACACGCUCUAUGAGCCCCACCAGUCCAAACGCUCGCCGUGACGCGAUGCCAGUCGCUGUUCUUGUUUAUAAAAUGUCACAUACUUCUUAAGGACCGACUGACGGCCGUGCAGGCGUUUCCCUCCCUUGAAGCUUGCUUUCAUUUAGUUUCCCUGCCUGUUAGAGAGAGCUGAGCUUUUACAAUACGACUGGUUGAUUGAAUACUAAGGUGGACCAAAUCAGAUCUUUUUGAAAGAUGUCUCAUACUUGAUACUGUGGAACGUUCCCACGGGUCUUGAAUGUUUAAAGACAAAUGAUGUACAUAUUCCCAAAGCAUGAGAUCAUCCUGCUGCAAUGACGCGCAGGCUUGUUAAGAUGAUCUACUGUAAUCUAUACAUUGUUUUAAAUGUACAGCUUUGACAAUACCUACUUGAACGACUUUUUUCUUUCUAUUUUGCAAAUGAAUGCUUGUGUUUUUACAAGUUUUGUAAAUCUACCCAGAGUGUCAUUUUUUCUCCUUCAUUUAAAGCACAAAAGCUUGCUUUGGCUGCGUGCUUCUGCAGAAACGGGGAUCUGCAUGCCGCUCAGGUGGUGCGGGUGGAAAGGGCAAAGACUCUGGGGUCCACUGCCUCUCACUUUCAAACCGAGAGGAACUGCGUGAUAUACUACGGCGCCUGGUUAAAUAUCCUUCAUUAGAUAACUGUCACUAAUGGUGUGGAAACAAUUAGCACACUCUAAUGGGAAUCUCAUACCUGUAAAUCAUUUUACCCUGUUAAAGCACAUUCUCGCUCUGCUCCAGUCUCUUUGGCUCAUUUUCUGCCUUCCCCUGCUAAGUAGGAAUCGUUGAAGGUGCCACUGAAGAGGCAAUAGAGUUAUGGCCCCGCGUUUUCUGUUCAGAAGUGCGAUACUCUGCGCGGAAUGACAUGGAAUUAACCUUUUGUGUCGCCCAUCUUGGAAAUGUACUUCAUUCGACCUGCACCGGGACACCGUGAUUAUAUGAAACCGUUACAAAGAAAUAAUCAGCGGCUGAGAUUUGCAGUUGUGGUGGCAGGUGGAGGUUAUCCUGCUGCUGCUGCUGCUGCUGCUCGUGUUUAUCAGGCACAGGAAGAGCGACGCUCGACGUGUCUGUGCUGAUCCUUCGAUUUGUGCCCAUUGCUCAUUUAACCGCACAUUCAACAUUAAAGUCUUUUAUCACC